AUUUUAAUCAACCAGCCUUGUGGUAUGUAUCCGUCUCUUUAUCAUUUCCCCAGAUCUCCCCAUUCCUUUCUCUAGCGGUCUUGCAUUUUAUAUCGGGGUAGACCCUUCCCACCUCCCCCCAGAAGUCGUAAGUGUGCCUGUUGCUUUGCAUGCCCGUGUCGCAACCACAGCGCGCAUUGCAGCCACAUCAGACGCGUUUGGGACUUCUCCUCUUUGUGCUAUAUCGUCUUUUGGAUAAGAUUCGCGAUGGUAGCCACGGUGAUCGCGAUGAUCCCACCUACCGUGGUCGCAUUGUUCAUUGCUUCCUUUCUGACCAACAUUAUCGCUUCACAGAUGGGUUGGUAAAACCGCACGACAUGAACGCCUGGCUAGCCGACGCCUCGACUCUCCCGAGCCAUGAAAAUGGUGCCUUCAAUCCGACAACUAUCGAUCCCUCAACCACCUUUCUCCAUAACUCAUCCACUCCCGACCCCAGCCAAUUUCAGCGCAUGUUCAAUGGUGCAUCGCGCAACGUGUCUCCUGGCUUUCACAAUCCAACUCAAGUGAUUCCGUCCAAGCGGCCGCGACCCGAAGAUGGUCUUUCCAUGUCCCCCAGACAGGCACCUACUGGCCUUCCCAUUUCACGGUCUCAGACACCUCUCCAAGUUCCGUUUCCCGGGUACCAGGGCCCGGCCAAUGGUACGCCGCAGUUUCCUUCUCAUGCGAAUCCAUACCAGCAUCUCCAACAAGGAACUGCCAGCGGUAUGACACAGUCUCCAAUUAUGCAGGAUUUUGAUCAUGGUGUUCAACGGCUUGGCACAGCGUCUCCCAGUCCGUUUUCCCCAGCUGGCCCCCAUGUUGGUCAACGCAUGUCGCCAGCGCAGUCCGAUCACGGGAGUCGGGUGAACACACCACAAAACAACACAUUUACCCCAAGCCAACAGUUCCCUCAGGCCGUGGCGCCGCAGUUCUCGCCAGCUCCCGCAAUGACAUCUGCUGCUGUACAGCCUCCAAUGCAGGCACAGUUCAGUGGCAUGCCUCAAGGGUAUCAGCAAGCUAUGGCUGCCCAGCAACAACGCUUGUACGCCCUGCAGAUGCAGAAUCAAGGCCGCGCAGUGAACCCCGGCAAUACUGCGAUGGCUGGAAGACCAGUCGGCGCGGGCAUGAAUACCGUGGCUAACCCUCAGCAAAUGGCUGCAAUAAGACAAAUGCAACAGAAUAUGACGAAGCCAAACAACCCGGAAGCGUUCUUGAGAUCACUUCAGAAGUUCAUGAUGUCGCGGAAUUUACCUUUGGAUCCUAAUCCCAUAGUCAGUGGUCGUCCUGUCACUCUAGUGCAUCUGUAUGCUACCGUAAUGAAAUUGGGUGGCUCGAAGAAAGUCACCGCUACAAAUAUGUGGCCCGUGGUGGCCCAACAGCUUCAAUUUCCACCUAUGCAGUUUCCUAUGGCCGUCCAGGAGAUUCGGGAGCACUACCAAAGAAAUCUCUUUGCCUACGAACAAGCCUUCCUGACUUCACAGCAAAAGCAAUUCGCCGAACAGAUGCAACAAAAUCUACCGCGACAAACAGGCGAUGCCGCCAACUUACAAUUUCAGUCGCCUACCGUUAAAUCGGUUCAGCAUUUUGAACCCUCUCAACAGCUUCCCCACUCUCCCCAGGAUGGUGCGUCGCUAGGUAAUAGCGUCCAACAUAAUCCUCCAAAUGGCUUCCCAGCUUCAGUACAGAUGAAAAGCCACAGUAAACAACCGCAACGUCCGAAUCGGAUGAGUAUCUCUCGCCAGUCUCAACCGCCAGCGCUAUCGCAGGAGUCUCCAGGACAACUAGCAGGGCAACAGCCAGGCAAAAGAGCAUCUCCAAUGUCAGGAACGCAACCAGAAGGUAUCGAACAGCAGUCCAGCCAACCGCUCAAGCGUCCGAUCGAGGAUCCCUUCAAACCUAUGGUCUUACCCGAGAGCAAUUCACAUGGGCCCAUAGUUGUGGACGAGAUGUAUCAGCUUGGAGAGGAUAUCUCAAGACUAAAGCCCAACGUGCCAAGCUUCGCCGAAUUAGGUGUCAUAGAUAUCCAUGCCCUCACAAUGAGUAUUAAAUCGGGGAUCCAUGCCGAAAUGCGCAUGGCGUUGGAUACCUUAGCAACUAUAUCUUGCGAGCCGGCGGUCCAGAUUUCAUUGGAGAAUUGUGAAGACCUGGUUGAAAGCUUGGUUGAAUGUGCUGAGGAUCAAGCCGAUCUACUAGCUGAAAAUACGGCUGAAGUGUCAGACGUCAUGCUCCUGCCGUCAUACGAAGAAGUAACUCGUGGUUGUCAAGCUGAAUUGACGGCUCUUGCAGAAGUUCCGGAAUUCGGGAGUCUUGACUAUGAAUUGGACCGGGCUGCGGAUAGAUUAAUCUGCAUUACUACCAUUCUCAGGAAUUUCUCGUUUUCCGAGUCAAACUUUGGAAUCCUGGGAAUUCCUCCUGUGGUGGUUUUUAUGUCCACAAUUAUCCGCUACUUAGGAACCCGAAACAUGUUCUUGCGGACACAUCAGAACACCCUGGACCUCAUGAAGGACAUCGUUAUCUAUUUGAGCAAUUUGGCUCAUACAAUUCAGCUUCCAGGAAAGGAGGAAGCUCUAUGUUUAUUGCAUUUUCUGUUAUCUUUUUCACCAUCUCCGGUCCCCACAGUCACCCCGGAGGGCGUCAUGUUUUCAGCCUACAGUCCAUCUAUUCACAAGUACACGCCAGCAGCAGUGGAUAGUCUAGCUAAAUUAUUGGCAAGGGAUGAGCCAAACCGAACCUUUUUCAAGGCGAUUUUCACUGGUGAUGGUGCACAACAAGAUUUGCUCACCCGCGCAUUUGGUCUUGCCAUAUGCCCCAUUCCCGACCAACCUCGAAAGCCUCUUGCUGCAGCAGACGCACGAAAAGUGUUUCUCUUGCAGGGGCUGCUGGCGGCCGAUGUCUUGGCUACGUUCGCAGAUAGUCAACUAGCUAAGACAUGGCUCGAGUCUGUUGAUGGCUUCGCAAUUCAUCUCCUCAAACUUGCCUGUAUGCUGAGCACGGAACGAAUACCUCCAACUAGCCAGCGUCAAUCUCAAGCAGCAAGAGGACAGGCCGAGGCUGAUGCCUACGCUUAUAGCUCGAUUAUCAACCGUAGUUUAGCGAUCCUACGUCGGUUGACCGAGAAGUCAAAACAUAUUGAUCAGGCUUCAGCAUCGAGACUCCCAUCCGGGAUAGUCCCAAGGAAGGAGAACCUACUAGGAGCGUUGUUAAUGCCUAGCGUGGACUCGGGCGUCGUACGGCAGCUGCUUUCAUAUGCUCAGCUUGCAGAAUGAUUUGGGGCAGCUAGGCCUGAACUGUUAUUUAUCAAGGACUUAUACCUUUCUAUGUUGCCCAACGCUGUCAUGUUUUCGAACGAUAUAAAGGAUGCCGUUUUCUUCGUUUUUCCCGAGUUUCUUUUCCCGAUUCAUUUUGGCGUGGGCGCCGGUAGGAGGUUGCUGGGUGUGAUUGUACUGUACCUGUCGUCCAUUUACUGCCACUGUACAACGCUCGAUACAAUACCCACGGGAAGUCCGAAAAGCGUCCGUACAUGAUGUCUAAACGGGUACUUCCCUUAUUCUUUUCAUGGCUUACCUUUCUAUUUACCCUCUUGUUUUACAUCCUAUAACUCUUUUUGACCCUGAGCGUGCCUUUAUUGCUUGUGGUGCUAAGCGGUUGUCGUAUUUGGUAGUAAACCGGGGUUUGGGUAGGAUAAAAGGAAGAUGUUAUAUAAAUGUUUAUGCUUGGUUACUGUUAUUAUUUUCUGAGGAUCUCGUACGCGAAUCCCGAACUUUGUGUCCUUAGAAUGGUGCCCUAGACAUACGCUUGGAAUAGAUAUCCAGAUCUCC